UUCCCCUUCCCCUCUCUCGCCCUCUCUCCCUUGAUUCUUUUCCUUGCCACGAAUUCGCCAUCCACCUUCCUUUCCUCUCCCCGCCCCCAGCUACCUGCCAUGUCUGUGAUUUCACAUUUCCUGACUGGCUUCGCCCGACCAGGGGCGGAUCUUCGCGAGGGCAUGCUGGCUGCCUCGUCAUUGAAUUCGCGGGCAGCCGCUCUGUCCGAGCGUGCAACGUUUCUCCUUCGAAAGCAGGGAAUUGCCCCCUUCAAGGGUGAUGCGUCAUCGGAUAUGGUCUCUCUGUUCGAUGUGAACGAUCAGAAGGAUGAGCAGGCGGCGGCAUCCUGGAGGCAAUUUCUGCCACCAUACCACUUCCUACCGCCAUCGGCCCGGCAGGCAGCCGAGCUUUCGGCCGGCUUCCUGCCAUUGGAGGAAAGUCUCUCGGCUGGGUUCUCCCUGACUGGCUCCCACAAUGAGAAUGCCCUCCUUGCCGAGGACAUCGACAGCCUCGGGGCUGCCUACGAGCAGGGGGCCGCGUGGGUGAACCAUGCACGGGCCAUACAGGCCGGGCUGGUCAAUGACUUCCCGCCCAGCUCGAUUGAUCUGACCCUCGGGAUAAACCGCGAGCUGCAGGCCCUGGCCGACACUCCGAUUGGGCGUCUUGCUGUCGAGCGUGACAGCAUCGAGCGCAUCGAGCGAGCGGCCACCAUACGCAUCCUCCGAUCGACCUACCACCGGCUGGAGGCAGAGACAGCCUCUCUGGCGCGCCUGCCUCCAGUCGGGACCACCGAUCAGCCGGCCAGAGGCGCGGACGAUGUGGACAUCGAGCUGUCCCAAAAUGAGCGACUCCCGCGGCUACAGCAAGCGCGAUCGCUGGCGCGAUCGCGUGUCCGGGCACGCACUUCCGCCAUCACGCUGCAGCACUUGCGCAUUCAACUUCGUGGCCACUGGGCUGAUCUUCAAGUGUACCGCAAGGAGAAGGAGUCCCUGAUUGAUCUCCAUGCCAGUAUUGACAGCCAUAUCGAGGCUCUCCGGCAGGAGAGUGAGCGCAUUGAGGCAUCAGCACACGGGCCCGAAUCGGCCGAGCACGACACCGAGCCCGGAGCCGGCACCGAGUCCGAAGCUGGGACCCUGCGGCGCCUGGACGCGGAAAAUCGCGAACUGCUGGGGCACUUGACUCGUUUCAUCCGGUCAUAUUAUCCCCCACCAACGGCCGAGACAUUGGCCAAUUCCACCGUGGCCGGGAUCCCCACUGCUCGGGAUGCCUCUCUUGAGGCCGUCCCUUCCUUGAGUAUCCUCCUGGAGGAUCUCAUGAACCGGACCAUUCUCCAUCCUGAGGAUCCGUUCAUCAGCACCGCCGGCCACUGGCCACCGUAUGUGGAGCUCCUGCUUCGGUCUGGCAUCGCCACCACCGAGCAGGCCAACAGCCAGACAGCCACCCUGUCCGGGACAGCCAGCACCCAUGGGGAGAGUGCCUCCUCGACAUCGGUGUUCCACCGGACCCCCGCGUCCUACUCGCAGCAGUCGGCCGACCAAGUGGCGGCCAUGGCCUCGGCAGGGGCCGCGCUUCCGGCCGGUCGCCCCGGCCGCCCGCAUCAUCCCCCACAAGAGACCAUGAUUCGGCUGGAGGAUUUCCACCUUUGAGCCUGGGUUCGUGGGCAAUGUACAUACGUGUCCCCGUGCCAUGCUUCGAGGAGAGAUGUGUAUGGAGGCGGGGGUGCAUCGAUUGAUAUAAAUACAUGUGCAUCUUUACA